AUGGCAUUUCGUAUUCUUGCAUUCAGUAUUUUUAUUUCAAUGAUAUAUUUUUAUUCAAUUGAAUCAUUACCAUUCUCGGAUGAUUUACCUAUUGAAAAUUCUUUAUACCCAAAUCUUAUUAAAUUACCAACUGAUGUAAUGUAUCCAUCAAAUUUUAUUUCAAUUAUAUGUCAACAACAAGAACAAUAUCCAUUAAAAUUAACGAAUAAAUUAUGUUCAAAUUCUUUUCAUUCAUACGAAAUACAUGAACAGCAAAAACAACAGCAACGAGGUAAACGAGUCGGAUGGACAAUUAGCGUUUAA